AUGAAAUAAUUCAGUGCAUUUCAUAGUCAUAUGUUUUGUGUCAUGAAAGAGUUGCUGUCAAAUUUAGUGUCAUUCGUGAAUAUUCUGUAAGUGAAAAGGCAAAGAUUAUCACGAACGAUUUCGCGACAAGUCCACUCUGUUCAAUUUGCGUACUCGUCUGUAUUUACGUUACCGAAUUUCGAAGAGAAUAUAACCUAUCUUUCUUAAAGUUGCAAAUUUCUUUUUUAUUAGGUUACCAGUUCAGUGUGAAACUUAAACAAAAGGUGUCACACUUGUCCCAGAGUCAACAUAGAAAAGUUUUAUAAAAAGUUGUUCAGAGAAAUAUAUUUUAAAACAGAGAGGUUAAAAAGAAGAGGUCAAUUGAUUAGAGAAAGAAUUCACAAAACAUUUUGUAUACAACAUGAAUAGGACAACGAACAGUGCAACAGCGAGACUGAAGCAAGACUACUUACGUCUUAAAAAGGAUCCUGUACCAUAUGUUGUUGCAGAGCCAGUACCCUCUAAUAUAUUAGAAUGGCAUUAUGUUGUGAAGGGUCCAGAGAAAACUCCCUAUGAAGGAGGAUUUUAUCAUGGAAAACUUAUAUUCCCAGUAGAAUUUCCAUUCCAGCCUCCUAGCAUUUAUAUGACUACUCCAAAUGGCAGAUUUAAGGUCAAUACAAGAUUGUGUUUGUCUAUUUCUGACUUCCACCCUGAUACAUGGAAUCCAGCGUGGAGUGUAUCUACUAUUCUUACAGGAUUACUUAGUUUUAUGAUUGAAAAUAGCCCUACCAUGGGUAGUAUCAAUACAUCUGAUCACGAGAAAAAACAAUUUGCUGCACAGAGUUUAGAGUACAAUUUAAAGGACAAGUUGUUCUGUGAACUUUUUCCAGAAACUGUUGAGGCAAUAAAAGCAGAAUUGGAACACAGAAAAGAAUUAGAAAAACAGGCAAGGCAUCAGACCACGGCUUCAGAAGUUUCGUCGCUGUUACGCGAUCAACUACAAAGGGAUCAAAGUCCGUUGUACAGUGUGCUCACCAAUCUUGUUGUCAUUAUAGGAUUCGCAGCAUUUGCUUUCACAGUAAAAUACGUAUUAUGGAGCGUCGCCAUGGAAUAAGUGAAUGAAAAAUGAAUACAUAGCAUACUUUUCGAUAAAGGAAAAAGAACGAGGAAAAAUGUUGUGAUAACAAUGCGUGCAGAUCUUGAAGAAAGGUAUUAGAAACUGAUUUGGGGCUGUUUGUCCACAUCGAAUCUAUGUGGUACUAUUUAACCUCUUACUUUUCGAGUAUGCUGGUCCACCACACGGGCGUUUGAUAGAUUUUUAUAACAAAGUUACUUGUAAAAUACGAGUUGUGUACUAUAUUCGCAAAUUUUAAAUGUGGUAACCGCGAAACUACGGUAAAAAUUCCCCGAAGGGUUCUACCUGUGAGCGUUUAUCAUCAAACAAAAUGUCACUGAGUUCUUUAUCCAGUUGUAAAGAGAAAAAAGGAAGAAAAACAAAUCAUAACGCUGUUAAUUGAUUUGAAUUGAAUUUUGGAUUAACACCAUUGGCUUUCAGUCAAGUUCUGUUACGCGAAUUUCCAAAGCGUAGUUUAACUAACCUGAACUAUAAAUAUUUAGCGAUUAUUUGAAAAAUUAUGUAAGUAGGUACAUGAUACAUGGAUAUAAGAAGGGGAUAGAGGGAAAAUGAAAGAGAUAGAGUAAUAAGGUAAAUUCGUGGGAGCUUCCCAAUGCUAUAAGUAAAUCAGCGAAGAUUCAAAUCUU